GAACAUAAUUUGCUUGGUAGCAUGUUUAACUGACCCGUUGCACAUGUGAGAGCGAAAUGAAGGGAAAGCAGUGUUGAUCAAAACUUUCAAAACAUCGGAAUUAUCACCACCUUGAAAGCAGACCAGACAUGAAAAAGAAGCAGACACUUGCAGAGGACCCAGGAGAGAUGAUUCCCUCAGACUCCCCUCAUGAGGAGGAGGAGGUGGAAGAUGAGGCUCCCGUUAAGGGCAAAAGGAGCAAACCUAAAGAUGCUGGAGGGGAGGAGGUGGUCUAUCACCCGGUGAAGCUGUCCCGAAGUGAUCUGUACAGACCUCCUACAGCAGAGGAGCUAAACCAGCUGAAAGAGGCAGAAAGCCUGUUUCACUGCAGCCUGCUCAAAAUGCAGAUGGAAGAGCUGCUCAAAGAGGUCGCCCUGAGUGAGCGUAAGAAACAGCAAAUAGAUUCCUUCAUUCAGACAGUCACCAAGCUGCUCCAGACUGUGCGAGAUUCAUCAGAGGUUGAGGUAAGUGACCUGUCAUGGCUGUCCAGUGCAGUUAAGGUCCCUUUCCUCCUGGUGCCCAAAACAACAAAAGGCAAGUUCCACAUGGCACCUCCUGCUUCUGUUGAUCUGAUUGGCAGCUACCCCCUGGGCACCUGCACCAAACCACGCAUCAUGGUGGACCUGGCUGUCACAAUCCCAGCUGAUGUCCUACACCCAAAGGAUGUCGUGAAUCAGAGGUAUCCAAGGAAAAGGGCUCUCUACCUGGCAGGCCUGGCCCAGUAUCUCACAUCCUCCUCUGACAUUGGAACCAUGCGUUAUUCUUGUCUCCAUGGGAAUCGACUCAGGCCCGUUCUGCUGCUGACCCCUCCGGGUAAAGACUCUUCCAGUUUCACCGUACGCGUUCAUGCCUGUCCGCCUCCUGGAUUCUUCAAGCCCAGCCGUUUCCACCCCCAGAGGAAUAAUAUCCGGACUGAGUGGUACACAGGAUUGCAGACCUCCCAGUCUGAGAGCAGCGAACCUCCCACUCCGCAUUACAAUAGCUCUGUUCUGGGGGAUUUACUGCCCAGGGCUCACCUCCAGUUUCUUUCUGCUGUCAGCUCCCAGUGCUCAGCUUUUGCUGAUGGGGUGGCUUUGCUCAAAGUCUGGCUUCGUCAAAGAGAGCUCGACCAGGGCACUGGUUGUUUUAAUGGCUUCCUGGCUUCAAUGCUGUUGACUUAUCUGCUGACCACUCACAGAAUCAGCAACACCAUGACAGCCUAUCAGCUGCUUCGAAACAGCUUGAACUUCCUGGCAUCCGCAGACCUGACAGUGAAUGGAAUAAGCCUUGCCAAAGAUCCUGACUCUACAGCUCCAUCUCUUGCAGAGUUCCACAAUGCUUUCCAGGUCGUGUUUGUCGACCCUUCAGGACAUCUCAACAUGUGCGCUGACGUGACCGCUUGUACCUACAAACAGCUUCAGCAUGAGGCUUCUGUGUCGAUGCAGUUCUGGGACAACCCUACAGUGGAUGGAUUCCACAGCCUCCUCAUGACCCCCAAAACCAUGAUAAGGACAAGCGACCAAGUAUUCCAGUUAUGUGAGCUGGUGAAGCUUCAGUCCAGCUGUAAGAAACUGAAUCUCCUCAGUGAGCUGAUGGACCACAGUGGAAAUUAUGUCCACACUGCGCUCCCUUUUAUUCUGUCACUGCUUCAGCGAGGACUGGGCCAAAGGAUCCGUCUCCUCACCCACUCCCUCUCUCCUGACCCUGAGUGGUCUGUGGAGAGUGAAGCCCCAAAACACAAAGCCCAGCCUCCUCUCUCUUUUGGUUUGCUCUUAAGGCCGGAGCUGGCAGCCUCAGUCCUUGAAAGAGGCCCACCUGCAGACAGCCCCAAGGCAGCUGAGUUUCGUCAGCUGUGGGGUUCUCGCUCCGAGCUGCGUCGCUUCCAGGAUGGUGCCAUCACUGAGGCUGUGCUGUGGGAUGGAGAGAGCAUGUGCCAAAAACAACUGGUCCCCAGACAGAUCAUCACACACCUGCUACAGCUGCAUGCAGAUAUCCCCGAGUCCUGUAUACGAUAUGUGGGGGCGAUGGUGGAUGACGUCAUCAAAACGCGAAGUGAGGUGCCUAGUACUGGAGAGGAGGAGAGUUUACUUGUGGUUCAGUCCUAUGAUGACCUGAGUAGAAAACUGUGGCGGCUGGAAGGUCUGCCUCUCUCCAUCACAGCAGUGCAAGGAGCCCACCCUGCACUCAGAUACACACAGGUCUUCCCCCCUCUUCCACUGAAGCUGGACUAUUCCUUCUUUGACAGAGAAAAUACUUCCAGAUCAUUGGUGCCAAAGGAAGGCAAACCCUGCCCUGCUUAUAUCACCCCUAUCACAGUGAUCUGUCACAUGGAGGGCAGUGGAAAGUGGCCUCACGACCGUCUCGCCAUCCGCCAUAUCAGAGCUGCUUUCCACAUCCGCCUGGGAGCAUUACUCAAGAAGCACCAUAAUUAUACGUGCAGGCCCUGCCCCACACACCUGGAUGUCUGGAAGGAUGGCUUGGUGUUCCGCAUCCAGGUGGCGUACCAUCGUGAGCCUAAGGUGCUGAGGGAGAGUGUGAAUGCAGAGGGGAUGCUGGUUGUAAGGGACAACGAGGAGGCUCAGGCUCUGGAGAUGGCCACCAUUCACAUUCCUCUACUUACCAGCACUUUGCAUGGGCUCCAGCAGCAGCACCCAUGUUUUGGGGCAGUGUGUCGCCUAGCCAAACGCUGGCUGGGGGCCCAGCUCUUCAGUCACGACGUGACAGAGGACACAGCAGACCUGCUGGUGGCGUCGCUUUUCCUGCAGCCUGCACCCUUUACUCCUCCUGGUUCUCCUCAGGUCGGCUUCCUUCGUUUCCUUCAUCUGCUCUCCUCCUUUGACUGGAGGAACAACCCGCUGGUAGUAAACCUCAACAACCAGCUCACAGCCGCCGACUACACAGAGAUCAAGAAUGACUUCAUGGCCUCCAGGGAGUCGCUGCCUGUCAUGUUUAUAGCUACGCCUAAAGACAAAAAACUAUCUAUGUGGACCAAGCGAGCACCUAGUGUACAGAUGCUGCAGCGUGUGGUGAUGGUGGCUGCAGAGAGUCUUAAGGUACUGGAACAUCAGCUGAUGGACGGCAGCCAGAUACAAGAUGUCAGGGUGGUCAUGCGCCCUCCUCUGGAUGCCUACGAUGUGUUGAUUCACUUGAACCCCAAGCAGGUUCCCCUGCUCGGCCAAGCAGUGGACCCUCCCACUGUCACCUUCAGUAGGGGUGUCAUGACUGGAAGUGUGGCCCAGUCUGGAGGGGUCCUGCCUGUCAUCGACUACAACCCUGUGUCCCUCUACCUGGCAGAGCUCAGAGAGGCAUUUGGAGACCUAGCCCUCUUCUUUUGUGAUCCCUAUGGUGGAACAGUGAUCGCAAUUUUAUGGAAGCCAAAGGCCUUCAUCCCAAUGCCCUUUAAGACGUCGCAGGUGUCUGCUCGGAGCGUGGAGGUGACUGGGGAGGAAGCAAAUACCGUUCCCAAUGUGGAAGCAAUAAUGGAGGACUUCCGGGUCAUGGGAAAGGGCUUGGUCAAAUCAGUGGAAGCCAGGACUGAAAAAUGGUCAUUUUAGACUAGACAGAUGUACACACAUACCACUUUCACCAGGCACAUUAUAGUUUAACAUUUGAACAGAACAAUGGAAACAUGAAUGAAUUUUGGACAUCUUUGCUGUUUAAAGACCAGCCACAUCUUUGUUUUGGUGAAGCUGUAUCACGUCUAAUAAAUACAUAUCUACUCUUUUGA